AAGAAGCGGUGGUGGAGGAGGAAGAGGAGGAGGCGGAGAGAGUCAGAGGAGGCAGCCGGACAUGCCCAAGACCCGGUCCCGCUGGACCCCCGCCGGACGCCCGGACGCCAGGACGCCAGGGUCCCCCCGCUGGCCCCCCGCUGGCAAGCUGUGACCGGGACUCUCGGCGCUUGACCGACACUGCGAGUCCAGAGCCCCAGCCUCCCCAGCCCGCCGGGAGCACAGCCGUCCUCGCAGACCUCCGAAGAAAGUGAAAGGACGAGCGGAGCCCGGGCGCCGAGCUUCGGGGCCGGAGCCUCUCUACCUCCUCACCGCCGCCCCAUCCCAGGCCCCUGCCGGUGCCCCGUGCCCAAGACCAUGCCCCGGGGCUCGGAGGCAAGAAGCCAGGCUUGGUGCGCCCCCCGGAGCCUCCCUUCGGGGCCCGGCCGGUGUUGAGAUCCACGCGCCAGGAUCAGAAAAGGACCAACACCCACCCCCCAUUCCGACUGGUAUAUAGCACCGUACCCAAAAUCCAAAAAGCGAGAGAAAAAAUCCCCCGCCCCAAGACCUGAUCAUGGAGUCCACCCUCGGCCUGGCGUGAAGAUAUCCCCGGACCCCAGGAUCCAGGCACCUCCACCUCAGGACAGGAGCCCCCGGGAUCCUGCCACCAUCCCUCCGAGGCCCUCCAGCCCCAGCCAAGCCAAUGCACCCAGAAAAUAAACUGACCAAUCAUGGCAAGACGGGGAAUGGUGGGGCUCAGUCGCAGCACCAGAAUGUGAGCCAAGGGCCCACUUGUAACCUGGGCUCCAAGGGCGUGGGGGCAGGGAAUCAUGGGGCCAAGGCCAAUCAGAUCUCCCCCAGCAACUCCAGUCUGAAGAACCCCCAGGCAUCUGUUCCUCCCUUUGGCUCACUCAAGGGGAAGGUGAAGAGGGAGAGGAGUGUGUCAGUGGACUCAGGGGAGCAGCGGGAAGCUGGGACCCCAUCCCUGGACGCCGAGGCCAAAGAGGUGGCACCAAGGAGUAAACGUCGCUGUGUGCUGGAGAGGAAGCAGCCAUACAGUGGGGACGAAUGGUGUUCAGGGCCCGACAGCGAUGAUGACGACAAACCCAUUGGGGCCACCCAUAAUUGUAAUGUAGCAGACCCAGCCAUGGCCACCACACAGCUAGGCCCAGGCCCAGCCCCACCACCACCUCUCAAUGAGAGCAGUGCCCCCGGACCUCCCCACGGUCCUGCAGCUGGCCUUCGGCCAGAGGGCCCUGGUGGUCUGGGAGGCCCAGGAAAGCCAACUGCUCAGUUUGUCUAUGUCUUCACCACCCACCUUGCAAACACGGCAGCUGAGGCAGUGUUGCAAGGCCGAGUUGACUCCAUUCUGGCCUACCACCAGCAAAAUGUACCCCGUGCCAAGCUCGACCAGGCUCCAAAGGUGCCACCUACGUCGGAACCACUUCCCUUGAGCACAGCCUCAGCAGGCACCCCACAGUCCCAGCCACCCCCCUUACCACCGCCUCCACCACCCUCUGGCAGUGCCCCCCCAGCUCUGCCUGCAUCCCUGCCUCCAGAGGGGCCGCCUGAGGAUACACACAGGGAUCUAACACCCAAUUCUGUGGGUGCCACCAGUAGCAACGCAACAGGGGGAACCCACCCCAACACCCCUACAGCUGCCACUGCCACAAACCCCCUGGCCCCAGGAGGUGACCCUGGGGGUGCCCCUGGAGGUCCCACCUUGCUAGGGGAGGGCACUCCCACAGGCAAUGGGCAGCGAGCCCUGACUGGCUCUGAGGGCUUGUCAAAGGAGCAGCUGGAACAUCGGGAGCGCUCUUUACAGACGCUACGUGACAUCGAGCGGCUGUUGCUUCGAAGUGGGGAGACUGAACCCUUCCUCAAGGGCCCGCCGGGGGCCACAGGGGAGGGGGGGCCACCAGCGCCAGCUCCCCCAGCGCCCCAGCAACCCCCAGCACCCCCGCCCGCAGGACUGAAGAAGUAUGAGGAGCCCCUGCAGUCUAUGAUUUCCCAGACACAGAGCCUUGGAGGCCCUGGGCUGGAGCACGACGGUCCGGGUCACCACCCGGGCAGCGACAUGGGGCAGCAGAUGAACAUCAUGAUGCAGCGGCUGAGCCAGGACAGUCUGACGCCUGAGCAGGUGGCCUGGCGCAAGCUGCAGGAAGAGUAUUACGAGGAGAAGCGACGGAAAGAGGAGCAGAUUGGCCUCCAUGGGGGACGGCCCCUGCAGGAGAUGAUGCUGUCCCAGGGCAUGGGGGGCAUGAUGGUCCGGGGCCCUCCACCUCCUUACCAUAGUAAACCUGGGGACCAGUGGCCUCCAGGCAUGGGGGCCCAGCUUCGGGGACCCAUGGACGUCCAGGACCCAAUGCAGCUCCGAGGAGGGCACCCAUUUCCUGGACCUCGUUUCCCUGGCAACCAGAUGCAGCGGGUAUCCGGGUUUGGAGGUAUGCAAAGCAUGCCUAUGGAUGUGCCGAUGAAUGCCAUGCAGAGGCCCGUGAGGCCGGGCAUGGGCUGGACAGAAGACUUGCCCCCGAUGGCGGGGCCGGGCAACUUUGUGCAGGGUGCAGUGCCCUAUCCCAGUGGGCAGAGUGAGGCAGAGAGAUUCAUGACCCCAAGGGCACGUGAGGAGCUGCUGCGGCACCAGUUACUAGAGAAGCGGACGAUGGGUAUGCAGCGCCCGCUGGGGAUGGCGGGCAACUCCAUGGGACAGGGCAUGGAGAUGGAACGUAUGAUUCAGGCCCACCGACAGAUGGAACCAACCAUGUUCCCUGGGCAGAUGACCAGCGGGGAGGGUCUGGCAGGUGCCCCCAUGAGCAUGGAAUUUGGGGGCAGUAGGGGUCUCCUGAGCCCACCAAUGGGGCAGUCUGGCCUAAGGGAUGUGGAUGCCCCCAUGGGGCCUGGCAACUUGAACAUGAACAUGAAUGUCAACAUGAACAUGAACAUGAAUCUCAACGUGCAGAUGACCCCUCAGCAGCAGAUGCUGAUGUCCCAGAAGAUGCGGGGCCCUGCAGACAUGAUGGGCCCUCAAGGCUUGGCUUCUGAGGAGCUGGCCCGGGUCCGGGCCCAGAACGGUAGUGGCAUGAUGGGGGCACCCCAAAAGAUGCUUAUGCCCUCCCAGUUCCCCGGCCAGGGCCAACAAGGCUUCUCUGGGGGGCAAGGACCCUACCCUGCCCUGCCUCAGGACAUGGGUAGUGCCCCAGACAUGUUCAGCCCCGAUCAGGGCUCAAUGCCUGUGGGCAACCUGGGUACCACGAGGCUCAGUCACAUGCCCCUUCCCCCAGCACCUAACCCUCCCCCUCCUGCACCCAUGCACCCAGCCCCAGCUAGAGGGCUGGGCCGACGGCCCUCAGACCUUACCAUCAGUAUUAACCAAAUGGGCUCACCGGGCAUGGGUCACCUGAAGUCACCUACACUUAGUCAGGUGCACUCGCCCUUGGUCACUUCGCCUUCUGCCAACCUCAAGUCGCCCCAGACACCCUCUCAGAUGGUGCCUCUGCCUUCCGCGAACCCCCCAGGACCCCUCAAAUCUCCCCAGGUCCUCAGCUCUUCCCUCAGCGUCCGUUCACCUACUGGCUCACCCAGCCGGCUCAAGUCUCCCUCCAUGGCGGUGCCCUCCCCAGGCUGGGUGCCCUCGCCUAAGACAGCCAUGCCAAGCCCGGGAGUCAGCCAGAACAAGCAGCCGCCUCUCAACUUGAACUCUUCCAAUACUAUGAGCAACAUGGAGCAAGGUGCCCUCCCUCCCAGCGGCCCUCGGAGUAGCUCCUCUGCCCCACCUGCCAAUCCCCCUGGAGGCAUCAUGAACCCCAGCCUGCCUUUUACUUCCUCCCCAGAUCCCGCCCCCUCCCAGAACCCUCUGUCGCUGAUGAUGUCUCAGAUGUCCAAAUAUGCCAUGCCCAGUUCCACCCCCCUAUACCACAAUGCCAUCAAGACCAUUGCCACCUCGGAUGACGAGCUCCUGCCUGAUAGGCCUAUGCUUCCACCAGGGACCAUGCCAGGGAUCAACACCAACCAGCCCAACCAGUUGCACCUGAAUUCGGCAGCUGCCCAGAGCCCCAUGGGCAUGAACCUGCCUGGCCAACAGCCCCUGUCUCAUGAGCCCCCGCCUGCCAUGCUGCCCUCACCCAACCCAAUGGGCUCCAACAUUCCGCUGCACCCUAAUGCACAGGGGCCUGGUGGCCCCCCCCCGAACUCCAUGAUGAUGCCCCCUGGUGCCCCAGAUUCCCUGAACCCUCCUUGCGGCCCCAUGCCCAACGCAUCCCAAAUGAUGUCCUCUAACCAGCUGGUGUUCCCCCCUCGGCUUCAGCAGCCCCAUGGCGCCAUGCCCCCUGGGGGAGGUGGGGGUGGGGGUCCCGGCAUGCAGCAGCAUUAUCCACCCGGGAUGCCCCUGCCCCCCGAGGACCUGCCUAGUCAGCCAUCAGGUCCCAUGCCACCCCAGCAGCAUCUAAUGGGAAAGGGGCUGGCAGGGCGAAUGGGUGAGCCAUACCCUCCAGGAGUACUGCCAGGUGUGGCAUCUGUGCUGAAUGACCCUGAGCUGAGUGAGGUGAUCCGACCCACCCCAACAGGCAUUCCUGAAUUCGACCUGUCCCGGAUUAUCCCCUCGGAGAAACCCAGCAGCACCCUUCAAUACUUCCCCAAAAGUGAGAACCAGCCUCCCAAAACUCAGCCUCCCAACCUCCACCUCAUGAACCUUCAGAACAUGAUGGCUGAACAGACCCCUUCCCGGCCCCCCAACAUCCCAGGUCAGCAGGGUGUCCAGAGGGGUCUCAACAUGUCCAUGUGCCAUCCCGGACAGAUGCCCUUAUUGGGCAGGACAGGUGUGCCCCCACAACAAGGCAUGAUGCCCCAUGGCCUCCAUCAGGGGGUCAUGUCUCCCCCUCAAGGCCUCAUGGCCCAGCAGAAUUUCAUGCUGAUGAAACAGAGGGGUGUAGGGGGGGAGGUAUACAGUCAACCCCCCCAUAUGCUGUCCCCCCAAGGCUCCCUAAUGGGCCCCCCACCGCAGCAGAACCUUAUGGUGUCCCACCCCCUGCGGCAACGCAGUGUGUCUCUGGACAGCCAGAUGGGCUACCUCCCUGGCCCUGGCAACAUGGCCAACCUGCCCUUCUAGCCAGCUUGGGUCAGGGAGGUGGGGCAUGUGGGUUCAGUAGGUGGGGAGGCUCUGGGCUGAAAAAAUUUUGCAAACUUUUAAAAAACUCAUCCCCUACAACUUUUGAAUGGCCUAGUGUCAUGGGGUGGGGGGGGUGGGGGGGCCUUGUGUGUUGGAGUGGCAUCUGUGGAAACCAGAUAAUGCUGUUGGCUUGGGGUGGGAGGGGGGAUGGUUCGUUUUGGUUUGGGUUUUUACUCGGUUUCAGCCCCCAGGACUCCUUGUCUUCCUCCCCUCCUCUCCCUGUUCCAGUGUCUUGGGAGUUUAUUGGUCUCACUCGCCUGCCCCCUUGUUGGUUACUCAGCAUCAGUGAAUUAACUUGUGUUUGUGGGUCCCAGACUGUACUGGGAGGAGGGUGAGAGCUGACACUGUGUCUUCUUCCUUUUCCGCUUUGGUCUCUCUGUCUUUCUGACUUGCUGCCUCUAGGUCUCUGUCUUUCUCAAGUCUCUUGGUUUUCCUCUCUUGCUGCUGCCCUGCUCACCUUUUCCUCCUGUCUUCCUAUCCCACCACUGCCUCAGAUUCCCCAGUGGUGUAGCUGAUGCCUCUAUUUUCUCCCUCCACCCCUUCGCUUCCCCCGUGCAGACAGGUGGGUGGAUGUCAUUGGCCAUCAUCGCUGUAAAUAAGGCCUGCGCUUUGUGCCGGUGUGUGCGUGUGCUGUAUUUCUGUAUUUUAAUAGACGACUCGGGAAAAAAAGGAAAAAAGAAAUCCCCCCUUCUCUAACCUGUGUUCUCCCUCCCAACCCCCCUCCCCAACCCUCACCCUCCAAGAAAACCCAACCCUCUGACAUCUCUCACAGGGACAUGCAAACACCCACACUCACCAUUUGCAGAAAGGUCUCUAGUGCAAGGUCACACCCCUCAAGAGCAUAGUAGCCCCAUAACCACCUCCUUUUCAAAUGUGCUUCAGGGUUUCCAGGCAGGCUUCCAUCCUGGGGCUACCCAGAAGGCUGGAUUAGGAUUCUGGGAGUCCUGAAACCUGACUGUACUGCCGAGACAUUCAGGGGCCACAUGUAUUGAACGUGUGUCUUCCUUGUGUCUCCCUUGAUACCCAGUGUCAGGCCCUUGCUUUCCCCAAGUUGCACAUCUGGGAUGUCUGCCCCUGCUACCUCUCCUCCUACUACAUCUUAACCCCAACUUAAAAGCUUCUCCAGAAUGGAGAUGCCAGAGUAGGGACCUUGGUCGGGGGCUUCCCAUUCAGUCCCUCCUAAGUUCUAUUUAGGAUCAUGGAAGAUUUUUCUCUCCCCAUCCUGAUGGCUUUGGGAUCCUUGAGUUCCAUCCCCUCCCCCCAAUUAUGGAACAGGUUGUCAUAGUGCCAGCAAUAACUGCCCCUGCUGGCGCUGACCUUGUUACUUAAGACCAUGGGACUGUGCCACACACCAGUGUCCUCCUGAAGCCACCACCUACUUCCUCUUACUAAAGGGGGAAGGAAAAGAGGGGAAGUCUCUGAGUCAGUACCCCACCCCCACCAUGGGGACCGUCUGAGGAGGAAAAGCCUCAUGCGUCCCUUCCGGGCAUUGAGUUAAUUGGCCAUUGGCCUUCCUGUACCCCGACCCUCCUCAAAUCCCCUCUUCUCCCUUCUCUACCCCCAAAGAGCCUCCUGUCCCUUUUCUUCUAAGUGAUCUCUCCCUAUCCUUCCAAGCAGGGUAAAGCUCUUGGGAGGUUGGGGGGACAGGCACAGUGAAUCAAAAGCCAUAGACCAGUUGUGUGUUUGGUCUCCCAUUUGCCCUAAAAAAGGAAUCUCUUUUUUUCCCCCCUUUCCUGUCUUCAGGGAAGGCCUUUUGUGCUGAGGGCCAAUUCCAGAAGGAGAGGUGUCUUUUUCCCUUGGGAUACAUGGCCCUCUCUCUGCCAGCUUUCCUGUCCCACUAGGGAUAGGGCCCCAGGUCAGUAGCCAUGAUACAAAGGGAUAUGGCCUCUUUCACCCCACCCCCCUCCCUGGCAUUUGGUGCUGUCCACCUGGCCCAUUGUCAGCCUAAUCAAGUUCUUUCUCCCCAUCCUUCCCCCAGAACAGCUCCCAGGGGUUCCAGGACAGAGCUCUCUUGUUUCUGAACACCACCUUCAUUCACAUCAGACUCUUCCUCAUCCUCUGACUCCCACCAGGCACUUUGCCCAUCCUGGGUCUUGCUCAACUUGAGUCAUCACCCCGUCUUCUUUCUCACCCCAGGAUUACCAACAUCUUGUCUCUUCCCAGGCCCUGGGAUUCUUAGUGUUUCCUGAACCCAAGGGGAGUGGAGCCACACCUGACCCCUUCCCCACUGCCCACAACAGGCCUUUUUCCACCUCUUCACACCUUCCACUAUCACUGAAGUUAACCCACCAGCCUCUACUCCCCCCCCCAUCCCCAAUUCAUGGCCAUACCCCUGCCCCCAGCCAUUUUGUAUCAUUAUAUAAAUAUAUAUAUAUAUAUAUAUAAAUAUAAAUAUAUAAAUACAAUAUGUGAAGACAUCUUCUUGGUUUUUAUUUUGAAACAAUUUUUAGGCUUGUUUCGGGGGUCUCUGUGCUGCCUGUACUGUAUUGACCUGUUUUAUAGGUGCCUUUUUAUUAAAAAGAAAAACUUCAAAAAUCAA